AUUCUGUGUUUAUUGUUGUUGGGAUUAGUGUUUUAUUAAUCUUUCAUUUUUUUUUAUUUACAAUUUUAAUAUUUUGUUUGCCUUUUAUGGAUGCUGUAUGUAUUGUGUCACGUAACCGAAAUGGCAUGUCCUGUCAGCAUCCGUGAUAAUCAUACUGAUUUCAAAAUAGUCAAUAUUAAUACCAGGGGAGUACGAUAUACCGUUUGAAGAUAGUGAAACAGUCGUGACGUCAGAUCAGUAUUUGAUAAGCUGAAAUAUAAAGAAAUGGUUAAAGAAAGAAUAAAGAUAAGAUAUAUAUAUAAAAAAAAUGAUAAAAAUGUGAAAAAGUGAAAACAAACAAGAAAAAAAUCAGUAUUUUAAAUAAAAGUCAUCACGACGAGUCAUUCCUGUUUCACAUCGUGCAAAGAUAUAUUGACAGUAAUAUAUAUUAUAUACAAUUUAUUCUACUUAAUAUUCUUUCUGUAUCAAUGAUAAUAUCACCUAGCUAGAUCAUUUUAUCAUAUCCGUGUGUAUUAGCAGCAUAUUUAUAUACUGCCGAAUGUCGUUAUCUCAAAUUCUAAUAACUCCAAGAACCUGCUAAACUGGGAAUAAAAAUUCAGUUCCGACAAGAAAAAAGCUAUAUAAAAAUAUACUCGGUUACCUUGAAUGUUUGGGAUAUCUCGAGAAGAAUAUCAGUACCUCACUGACUUUGAGGUAACGAGGUUCGGAUGUAUUCUUAUUUUGUUAACACAAUAAUACGACUGAUAUUGUAAUUAAUGUUAUAAAUUCACCCCUUUCUUUCUUUGCUUGUGAAUUUCGAUUGCUUCCAUACCUCCUAGAAUUAUCUCCCUUGCUGUGAGUUUUUUUAAUGACACAUGGCAUAGCGGUCAAUAUAAGGGAGAUAAAUCUUCUCCUUUCUGGUGUAUUGAUAUUUACUGUAAAAUAAACUUAACUUACGUUACAUUUGAUAAUAUGGAAAAUACCCCGCUUUAAUCCAUGACUAAAUCUGAAUGUCGCAACCCUCGAAAAAACCCAACUAUAACAGUAUUUGAAAAUGAUAAUUUCUUACGGUAUGAAAGCAACAAUGUUUUUAUUUCUGUGUAAAUAUAAAAGCUAAUCUUCAUUACUUUUAUACAUAUUUGAAUCAAACUCAAGGUAUCGAAGGUUAGGUUUUAUAUUUUUCAUUUAAAUUAUUUACACUUCACUUAUUCUUUCUUUCUAUCUGAAUUGCACCUACAGCUUCUUCCUUCACAUCACUGGAGUUAUCUACCCUUUCCAAAACUUCCAUGGAGUUAUCUCCCCUUCUUCCUUCCUCAACUGCUAUCUUUACCGAAGGACCAUCAGACAUUUUUAUUGAUCUAGAUCAAAUGUUGUCAUUGUCUUCUGAUAUGACAGGCCAGCUUAUUUCAAAACCGUUUGAGGAUAUAGCAUUAUCAGACUUAACAAAAUUUUCCGUACUAAGUGAACAAAUUUCGGUCUCAAAAACAUCUGAACCUUUUCAAAGUAGUAUUUCUAUGACAGAUCAAACAACACCCUUUUCGGAUUCAUUGACGACAAUGUCCACUUCAUAUUUAGCUACUCAAAGUAUUGCAGCAGUCUUAGACUCAGAAAUAAGUCAGAGCGUGACGUCGUUAGGAGGGCCCCAUUUAACGUCCGCAACUUACAUUACGCGACCAACAUCACAAAGUAUAUAUUCAACUUUUCAAGAAAGCGUAGUAUUUUCUGCAACUGAAGCGACGGCCGUGUUGACAGCCACUGAAACAAGCGUGGUAUCAGCUUCUGCCGACGAAAGCAUGGCCUCCACUGCUGCUGAAGCAAGCGUGGUCCCAACAACCACUGAAGCAAGUGUUGUAUCAACUGCUAGUGAAAAAAGCAUUGCCUCAACUACUACUGAAGCAAGCGUUGUUUCAACUGCCACUGAAGCAAGCGAUAAUUCAACUACCACUGAAGCAAGCGUGGUCCCAACUACCACUGUAGCAAGCGAUGUCCGAAUUUCCACUGAAGCAAGCGAUGUCCGAGCUUCCACUGAUGCAAGCGUUGUUUCAACUGCCACUGAAGCAAGCGAUAAUUCAACUACCACUGAAGCAAGCGUGGUCCCAACUACCACUGUAGCAAGCGAUGUCCGAAUUUCCACUGAAGCAAGCGAUGUCCGAACUUCCACUGAAGCAAGCGAUGUCUCAACCUCAACUGAAGCAAGCGUUGUCUCGGCUACCAUUGAAGCAAGCGAUGUCUUGACUACAACUGAAGCAAGCGUUGUCUCGACUACCACCGAAGCAAGCAUUGCCUCGACUAUCACUGAAGCAAGCUUGGCAUCAACUGCCAGAGAAACAUUAGUUUCUAGUUCCAACAUAUCUACCUCUCCUGCUCUUAUAGAUGUCACUUCCAGUUCGGAUACACAUCCUUUGGCAACUUCUCCAAUUGAUUUUUCGGUAGCCACUUCAGUAUCAUCUUCCAGUACUUUUUCGUCGGUGACCACAUCUUCCACCAUCCUUCCAUCCGUUUUAUCAACAUCACCUACGACUACACAUGCCUCCGAUCUUUCAUCAUCAACUUCAGAUAUUGCUGCCACGAAGGUUGAAGCAACCCCAGUGGUUUCUUCAUUUUAUGUACAAGUCUCCUCAAGUGAAGCUUCUAUUUCUAGUGAAGCGUACGAAACGACUUCACCUGUAUCUCGUGAGUUGAUCCAAAGAUAUUCUACCAGUGAAGUUCACCAAGGAUCUCCUGUUAUUUCAACAGUGAUUCUUAAUACUAGUCACGAUAUUGUUUCCGUUAAAUCAGAGGAUCAUGGUACUUCUUUAAGUGAUACUGUUUCGUCUGCAGUCCCUUCACAUGCUGUUGAUACGUCUAGUUUGACAACUACUUUUAGCAUUGUUACUUCACCGAUUGUGACGGAACUUGAUGCUGUGCCAUUGAAGACACAGAUAGGAAGCGAGAUUACCUUUGUGCCACAAUUACAUCCAAGUUCCACAGAACAAACAAUGCAUAUUUCAGGCUCUGAUACAGUGUUUUCUAGCCGGGAUGCAGAAACGUUACAGCAACAUGCUGCCUCACGUAUUUCAAGUAGGCUAGACUCGACAAAAAACCUCCUGGAGACGAGCCAACCUCAAAGUGUAGUUCAGGUCACAUCUUCUCUUGUUCCUCAUACCGAAACCUUCACACGCACACUUGGAGAUAACAAAACUUUCAGUGUCACAGAUUCUGUUACUUCCUCUACAGUAACAGUAACGCAGACUGACCAAACGUCAGCUUUAGGUUCCAAAUCAAAUGUUGUCUCGAUCAAUGCUACUUCGACACCGAAUACUCCAACCUCGUCUGCUCUUCUUGAUAGUGAUAUGCAUUCAUCUGAAACAACAUCGUUUACACACGUCGCCGAAACGCCUUCUCUAAGCUCGCCACAGGAUACUUCUAGUACCAUUGUCACCACACCAACCACCCAUGAUACAUCUGUGCAGGAGACUCGCAUAUCUAGUGACGAUAAAAACAUUGUCUCUAGUACCAACACGCCGCAGUCGACGUCAGAUAUAGUUUACAAAAGUUUGACAGCAGAAAGAACUGCAUCCGAGUCAUCAAAACAUUUUAUACAUCCAACUCGUGUAAUUUCUAGUUUAGAUGCCUAUACCAGUGUUACUUCUGACAACCACACCGGUAUUACACUCUCAUCCAUAGGGACUACCUCUCGUGUCACUUCUAAAUCAGAAUCUGCGUCAAGUAGUACUGAGGUGGUUUCGUCCGAGGGUAUUUCUAGUACAGACACCUUUAGAUCGCCCGGGAUAACAGACAAUGUUCAGACAUCAUUCGCAUCAGUAAAUGCAAUUACAAGCAGCAUGACAUCCUCGCAGGGUGAUUCGAAAUCUACGAAGACAAUCAUUAUGACGUCAUCAUUGUCUUCCUCUGUACUGAGUACGUUAUCCAUCAAAGUAAUCCCCGAUGUUGUGUCUUCUGCUGGGAGUAUUGCAGAAUCAUCAGUGCCGAGUGAUGUAGUCACUGCCCAUGACAUAUCCUCGAUAAUGUCUUCUGACAGCAGGAAGCCAUCUUUCACACAAACCGAAUCAUUCCGAGAUGAUCCAGCUUCAAAAAUUGUUAUAGAUGAUAUUGUGACUACACCUUCUUCAAUUCAGGAUAGCGUACAUGUUACUUCCGAAGUAAGGUCUGUUGUCUCCACGAUGACAACAUCACGUGAUAUGGAGAGUACGUCAUCGGUACCACGUGAUAUUUCUACCGAUACAAAAAGCGCUGUCUCUUCGGAUGUAUCCUCCUCCAGCAUUAUGCCUUCUUUUUCUGUUUCGCCCGGUGCUGCCACCUCUGACGUCACGCCCCUUCACACCACAUCUCUCACUUCCUCUCAACACUCUGCCUCCUUGCUAGAGAAUGUACAAAUUCUUACUGCUCCUCCGACUCACCUUAGCAUCUCAAGUAGUCUUGCUUCCUCUACAAGUAAGUAUGAAUUCUUCUUUGACUGCUAUAUUACCUUUACUGAUAUAUGCGUGCAUUUGUGUAAUUUGUGUUUGCCUUGUUGUGUUGUGUCUUAAAAGACAAUAAUCACGAACUAACAGGUAACAUUUGAUAUUAUAAAACCUCCAUAUACUGCCUAUCACUACACUUGCUAUCUCAUCAACCCCAAUUAUGCACUUCCAGUCGCUCUAGUACUUUUGUAGAUUACCUCCCUUUCCUGUUUUCUUAUAUAGCCUAGUGAUGGCAGUAUAACGAGGUCUGAGUAACUUAUGUGUAUGUACUGUGUAUAAUUUAUAUGCUUUCCCUAAUACAGCAUAUCAAUAUAUUGUUUAUACUUUAUGUUAUCUAUAGUUAACGGCAGGCUAUGUUUCUUAGCCUUAAAAUUUGACAUAUUACAUAUUUAUUUCGAAAAUAAAAUAAAAUUAUUACCUGUUAAUCUUUUAUCUAAA